UAGGAAACCAGAACUCAUAUCAUAAAGUCCUCGCAAAAUGAGGGCGAAAUCUCUGGGUAGUGUCUUAUCUACAAACUCAUAUGCCUUCCAAAAUUUACUUCGGAACUUAAUCUGUUAAAACUCCCUUUGCCGAUAAACCAAAGCAAUCAAUUGUGCGGCGGGGAGGCCGGGGCCGAAUUUUCGGAGCCCACACCUCCGCUCUAACUUCCACUCCAAUGGCGAGAUCCUCCGCCCGGCCAGCGACCCUUCGCUAAUACUUCACGUGAUCUCAAACAGAUUCGCAACCAACCUGCUGCCGUUGUCCAUGACUAUCCACCACUCCAACUUCCAGAACACGCAGUUCGCAACCAUCGUCCGUGACUUGCCUCUCGUCAGAUCAGAUCCGCCCUCAUGCCGGUGUCCCGCAUCGCUGUUUGUUCCAAUUCCGCCUCUGAUUUUUCUCGCCACCAAACUUGCGAUCAUAAUCCGCUCCCUCUCUGCUCCUUCGACCCCAAACGCACUCCCGCUUCCGUUCGGACUGCACUCCAACUCCCUCUCCCAGUUCGCUCCUGUCAUCUAGAGCUCGUCAAGCAGGCCUAUUAUCUGCAAAGUAGAAUCGAUCAGAAUUUGGUUGUUCCAGAUGAGAAAAAGACGGGCACGACUAUUACGAUCUGGAACCCGACGAAUCAACUGCCUCUGCUAUUGUCUAUUUCACUCAACUUGUUGGCUCGCUUCCAGCAUGCGACCUAACAAGUGCCCACGUGUGACUGGCACUCUGCACUCUGCUUCCACUUUCGCUCCCGCUCGCUCCCACAAUCGACCCACAGCCCGUCGCCUGCAGUUCACGCUAGCCGCGACCUUAUCCACGCUAUCGAAUCAUGCCUGCCCGCACAUCAACUCGCGUUCGUGAUCUAGUCGCGACAAACACCUCCCGCGUGACCACUCAUACCUGAUAUGUUCCCAAAUUGUGUGGUCAAGCAUCCGUGAACACGCGCGCACACCCUGCUUUCGCUCUUAUGGAGUCCACAUUCUUCCUGGUCUCUUCCGUUCCGAGCUCAUUCAUGCGAAGGCCGAGUUCGGCUUCUCCUUACCAAGAUCCUGGAGCUGUACAUCGAGUACUUUAACAACUACAAAGGAUGGAUCCCGCUGGAGAUCGGGAACCUUAGGAAGUUAGUACAACUAGACAAGGCCUCUCACCGGUGGUACUGAUGUUACUAAAAAGUUGCGAAAUGAAAGAUUUUUAAGUCCAUUUCAUCCUCGUUAUCUUGAUAUACUUACAAAAUUCUGCUUAUCCCAUGUUUGUGUUAGGUUAUCUUGUUAAUGUUAUAACAUAUCGUGAAUGAAUUCUGUUGGGUUAUCUUGUUUGUCAUGAUGAGCUACUUUGGGUUACAAGUAUUGAUAUUGCCAUGGUUGUUCUGAAGGAAAAUUUAAUUGUCACCCUAUUUUGAGAUGAGUAUGUUCUACCGCAUGAAGAGUAUUGACUUCAUGUACUGCCAAAAGUCCUCGAGUAUAAAAAAGGGCCAAAUAUGGGCAUGAUGGACAAAAAGAAGCAGACCUAGAAUAUCAUGUUGCAAACCAAGUUAACAAAUGAUUAAUGAGGUGCAUGAUCUGGCUAUUAUAUCCUGUGAUGGCAUCCACCGCGAAAGGAGAAUACUACUCAAACAAGAGACUGGAAGAAUGGCUUAUUUUCUUGCUGAUCAACCUAGCUUGCUUGUCCCAAAUAUUCAAAUGGUGUUCUCUGCACUAGCAUUAGCUCAAUAUAAGGAUUUCUGUUGGAUGGAAUUAGAAGCUUAUCCAAUGGAUGUAUGCAAAUUUGUGGAAGUCUAAAGGAACUUAGUGGGGUAAUGAACAAGCUUGCGGGUAUGUAUAGAAAACACAGAGUCUUCGAUCCAGGAGGAUUACUUAUGAUUUCUACACCAACCGCCCUACUGAUGAUGAGUCUCGACGUAGUCAAGCUUUUCUGACGCAAGGGGAGUAUGAUGUAGGAAUAUCUUAACUAAAUGCGAUUUUAGUAAUAAAAUUUCUCUUGUACUUAUUUCUCUAGUGUUUUUUAGAAUGUUGUUUAGCUAGCUUAUACAUGUAAACAUUGUACUGGGAAGAGGAUGAUGAAUUUUAAUCUCUUUUGAAGCUUUAAGCUUGUUUUUGUUUCCUAGAUUGGGUAUUCCUUCUAGCAGGUUCAAUUCUUCCGUCAAUCCACCACAUAAGUGGUGAUAGCAAAUGUCGAGUGAGUGAAAAAUAGUCUCAUAUUGGAACUGAAAUAUGACUUAAAAUUCCUAUUUUUAAUAAAUGUAAUCUUAUCCAUUAAUUUAAGCUUUUGGGUUGAUGCUGUCCAUCUGUUAGUGCCUUGAUCUCUCACUUAGAAGUUAUUAUUAAGUCUUUAUUUAUAUUUUGUAGCAAAUGAUCCAUGAAUAUUAUAAAACUAAAUACAUCUAAAAAUUGAAUAAUUAUGAUCCCCUUUUUCCUGUAUGUUAUUGAUUACGUAUGAUUAGUUUCAUUUUGAAUCCAGAUUAACUUCAUAAUGUGCUUAGCAUAAGAUUGAAUAAAGGAAAGAUAAAAUAUAGUCAUGUGAACCUGUGAUCUUUAAAAAUAUUAUGACAACACUAUCAUUGAUGUUUUUAUCCUUCUUGUUUCUCUAUUUUCACCGAUUCAAGUGGUUGGGAUAAGACUAAUGAUGGUGAUGGUGGUCUCCCUUUGGGUGGCCAACUUCUUUACAGGGAAAACUAAAAAUGUCAGAUUUAUGGAAAUAUGGCUAACAUAAAGAGUCUUGAAAACCAUUGACUAAUUUGAAUUUCUUUUGGUUGAGGCAGAGUUCGAGGUCUACAUCCUGAACCAACUGGCAACAUUAGCUAGUGGUAUGACGUAUGAGAAGGACCCAAUUUAAUGUUAGCUUAAAAAAUAACCCCAAGUUACAGUUACGAGUAGAAAAAAAUUCUUUUUCUUGUUUAAAAUGAUACCUUAGGCUCCAUCAUAUUCUGCUCCAAACUUUUCUAUGAUUAACACUGCAGCUUUCAGAUCAGUUUUUUGGGAAGCUCUAUCAUGAGUAGCUGUGUGAAGCCAAUACAACAGACUGCAAGCGAGCCAGUUGUUCUUCUCCACGGUUUUGACAGUUCAUGUUUAGAAUGGAGAUAUGCGUAUCCAUAUCUUGAGGACGCUGGACUUGAGGCAUGGGCUGUGGACAUUCUUGGCUGGGGUUUUUCUGAUUUGAGUAAUUUUUUCUCUUGUGAAAUGCUUCCAUCAACUGGUGUGGCUGCAAAGCGUGAGCACCUUUACGAGCUUUGGAGAAGACACGUGGAGCGACCGAUGGUUUUAGUAGGUCCAAGUCUUGGAGCUUCCGUUGCCAUUGACUUUGCAGUGAAUCAUCCUGAAGCAGUUACAAGGUUGAUCUUGAUUGAUGCAAGUGUAUAUGCAGAAGGCACCGGAAAUCUCAGUAAAUUAUCCCGAGCAGUAGCAUAUGCUGGGGUGUCCUUAUUAAAGAGCAUUCCAUUGCGACUUUAUGCCAACAUAUUAGCAUUCAAAAAAGUUUCAAUUGGCCGUUCACUUGACGGGACAAAUAUCGGUCGUCUACACUGCUUACUACCCUGGUGGGAGGAUGCGACUAUUGAUUUUAUGGCCGGUGGAGGUUACAAUGUCAGACAUCAAAUAAAGCAGGUAGUUCAUUAUUCCGAGUCUAGUUUGCUAAAAAUGCUUACACAUUUUAAAAUCUUUUCAGGUUUCACGGAUGAAUUUUACUGCAUGUGGGUUUGCGUGCAUAUUUGUAUCCCACAAUUGGAACUAGAAAAAUUUUAAAAGCAUGCCUGGUUGUAUUUAUUCUAACACAAAAUCCGAGAUGUGGACAUUAUACUUACUGAAGUAGAUUAAGGCUUCGUUUGGGACGACUUUUUAUUGCUUUUUAAAACAGAGUUUUACUACAAAAUUUUAAAUUUU